CAGCUCUUGGAGGCAUGGCAGGUGGUGCUUCUCUUGCUGGUACAAAUGUUGGUGCUUCUUCAAUUGGUCCUCAAACCGUUGGUGGCGUUGAAGAAGAGGAGGAGGAAAAUGAAUUUUUCCAAACGACGCUUGUUGGCUAUGGCAGUAGAGACACUUCAACGUCUCUUGGCGGAAUGGGAGGUACUCAAACUGCUCUUGGAGGCUUUGGUAUGCAGACUGCUCCUGCUGGAACGGCAACUGCUCUAA